AUGGUUCGAGCUGCACUACGGUGUUUGCUGACUGUUGGUAAUGCUUAUAUUAAAAAGUCAGGCCUGUCUAUUCCUCCCUAUCUUUCUUGGGAAAGGUCUGUAAGGGACUGGUGGAUAAGGAAGCCGAAAUUCAAAUUGACUAAAUUCAUGGGGCAUGAUGAUCGUCUUAUGCCAAUUGAGACAGUUAGCACUUAUCAGAAACAACUAACAAAUGUUCAACAAAAACGUCGGGAAACAGACAUUGGAAUCGGUACCAGAUUUUUCGACUAA